AUGCCGGACUCCUCCAGCCUCGUAACACUAGCACCAGCGGCCUUUGUGCAACGCCUUGCUCAACUUCGCGAGGACACACAUACAGCUGACCUGACCCUGAAACUCACUACAGCACCAAAGAAAGCCACCCGCAAGUGGCGUGUCCAUCGACAGGUCCUGGCCUUACAUUCUCGGUGCCUUGAAAAAGCCAUCAUCGAUGCACCGACUGGAGCUACGCUCGAUAUGGCCCCAGAUGAGGCGACUUGUAUCGAGCAGCUUGUCAAAUACUUCUAUACCUUCAACUAUGGUGAUUUCAAACAGGAAGCUGCGACAUCGCAAAUACCCGAUGUAGUCCUGAACCGGCUCGCAAAGACAAAGGAGCCUCACCGCUCGCUGCAGUGGCUACGAAUGUGCUUUCAAGCAGAGAACGACGCUGAAAUCCUUCAGGUGUCGAUUUGGCAGCCGUUCAAAGACCUCUUCACUCCUCACAGCGCGGCCAAUCCGCUACUCCCUGCCGGCGACUUUCUGAAGAUCAUCCCACAGGUGUUCCCAAGCGCUACCGCCGGAGUGAUCGAGCGUGACGGCUCCUCAGCGGGAAUCGUUCGUGGCGUCAAGCCUAGAAUAAGUCAUGUCGACAGUUCCGAAUGGCCGUUAAUGCUACACACCAAGAUGUACCUCCUGGGCGUCAAAUACGAAAUCCCUCAUCUCAAGCAGCUAUCCGUCCAGAAAUUCCGCGAAGCCAUCCGCCACAACUGGGCAACGACCAGCGACUUCGUUGAAGCCGCGAGAACUGCUUGGAAAGCAGCCGCCUUGACCUCAGAUACUCGUGGAGUCAUCAUUCAGACGAUACGUAUCAAUCCAGCACUACUGGACCGCACGGCGCCUCAAUCCGAGCUUGAGCAAGCUAUGUUGGAGUAUCCUGAGAUGGCAGUGGCGGUGGCGAAGAUGGCGCUCGGGACAGGUGAGAAUCACCAAUGGGAGAUACGGUUCAGAUGUCCGAAUUGCAAGACGCAGUUUGUGACCUGUAUGAGUCAGCUGCAGGUGUACUCGUGUGUGAGUUGUGGGACUAAGUGCGAUGCUGUGACAUGGAUGAGUCGGCGUAUGGUGCAAUUGUUGUAA